AUGAGCUGCUUCCUCCCUUUUGAACCCAUCUUAACCAGGCCUCUAUCCAUCUCAAAUCAGCCGGGCUUUCUUCUUUCCUUGCCAUUUUUCCCCUUUCAAGCCUAUUCACAGACUUUGACUUAUUCCACCAUGGUCCAAAUCAGCCAAAUUGGUGCCGUCCUGGUAGUGUGUUCUACCUUGACGGUAGCUGCACCCACGAAAGGAAAGGCACGAUUCAACGUUCCUCAGGUCGCGAUUCCCAUGAAGGCGGUACACCAUCCAGCGGUCGCUUAUGCUCGUGCCCUGCACAAGUUCGGCAUGAAGGUCCCCAAAGCUGUCAGUGAUGCCGCCAGGGGAUCUGUUCCUACCACCCCAACCAAAGAUGACGAACAAUACGUCACCCAGGUCACAGUUGGACAGGGUAAAUUGAACCUUGAUCUCGACACUGGUUCUGGUGAUCUGUAA